GUGCGCGCAGGUUAUUCACUUUAAAGAUGGAUGUAAAACUGAAUUACAGCGGAGCAAUAAACCGAAGUACUCCUGGUUAUGACAAAUUCAGCUUUGAAGACAUCGACGUGAGCGCAGACGGCGCCUUCAUCCUGAGGAUCCUUAUCUCUGUUGUUUACUCUGUGGUGUGCGCGAUGGGUUUGGUGGGGAAUCUGCUUGUCUUUUUCUUAAUGAGGUUACGACAAGGUCGAAAAAAGUCCAGUAUCAACUUCUUCAUCAUUAACUUGGCAGUGACAGACUUCCAGUUCGUGCUCACUCUGCCCUUCUGGGCCGUAGAUACCGCGCUAGACUUCAGCUGGCCAUUUGGAAACGCCAUGUGCAAAAUCAUCCUCUCUGUCACUGUGAUGAACAUGUACGCGAGUGUGUUUUUCCUCACUGCUAUGAGUGUGACCCGAUACUGGUCGGUGUCCUCUGCCCUGAAGAAGAAAGCGUGCAGGAGGUCCCGGUGUGUGAGUGUGAAGUGGAUGUGCGUGGUGCUGUGGGUGGCAGCGACGGCGGCCACAGCUCCAACUACAAUCUUCUCCACUGUGACUGUGGUGGCAGGGGAGAAACUCUGCCUACUCAGGUUUCCUGAAGGGCACGACUGGCUCGCGCUCUAUCACAUCCAGAAGAUACUGAUAGCCUUCAUCAUCCCUAUGCUCAUUGUCUCUGUGAAUUACCUGAUGCUCCUGCGCUUUGUUAGACAGAGGAGCAUGGACAGCACCAACCGGAGACGCAGAAGUAGAAUCACAAAAUCUGUCACUAUCGUGGUUUUGUCUUUUUUCUUCUGCUGGAUGCCAAAUCAUGCCAUCACAUUCUGGGGUGUGUUGGUCAAAUUUAACGCGGUAAACUGGGAUAAAUCGUACUACUUGGUACACACGUAUGUGUUUCCGGUCACUGUGUGCUUGGCACAUGCGAACAGUUGUUUGAAUCCGGUGCUUUACUGCCUGAUGAGGCCGGAGAUCAGGAAGAUGCUCAACAGUUUAGUUUUCAGAGUCUCCACUCCGUCCCACAAUAAGGGUGGCACCACGCGCUCUUUUACGCAAGGAGAUACUCAAGGAGUCGCACCUCUUCACAUUAUGGACAACGGAGAGUACAAGCUGUCUCAUAUGGACUCUAAAGGGUUAUCGGGCUCCAAUCUGAUCCCAUAUACCAGAUAACUUCUGUAUGAUGAGAAAUACUCCAGAGGCUUUGGUCAAUCAUCUCUGAACUGGCAUUAGUCGUGCGUAAUGACGACCGCGAUCAUGUGGCACGAGUGUGCCAGUCUGAACAAUUUACAGACUCACACGAAAGAUGAACGUCCUAUUACAUGGCCGGGAUCAUGACAUGUACUGCUUAUGUAUGAUGACAAGUACAGACUGGAACAACUGCAAGAGUUGUCAGAAGAAAUGCAGCUAUUGCAAAUGUUACAGUGAAAAAAAUAUGAAAUGCAUUGUAUAUAUUUUUUUGUCAGUAACUGCUUUUAAAUGCAGCUGUUCGUUUUUCUUUUUCACCUCAAGUUUGUGAUGUUUCUUUUAAUCUGAAAGCGAGAAGCCACGAGGCAUCUGAGAAAAGAAAGAUAAGUACACAAGGAGCUGAAUGGAUGCUUUGAUAAGAGAGCUCCCUGCAAAGCUGAGUGAUAUCUUUUUAUAAAAUACUAUUAAUGGAUAAGAAGAAUCAAAUGUUUGCAUUGUGUUUAUUCACGUUUUUGUAAAGUCUCUGUAAACCAGAUUGUAAAUAUGAAAUAUUUAUUUUGGCCUUUAUUUAAAUAACUACAGAUUCCAGGUACAAGUGGCAACGAUUCUGACACAUCAUUAAUGCUCAAUGGACCGACGAGCAGCCUCUAUUCUGUAUUGUUUGUUUUAAUAUGCUAUCUAUAAAAGGUCUUAGCUGGUUUCUGUCUUCACCCAUUGGAAAAACAGAGUAUAUUUUGUAUUUUUCUGUCACAUUCUUGGUUUUUAUAAGUUUCUUUUAUAAUUAAAACGUGACUGUGGACAGUUUUUCAUCACAUAGGAUCAAUCAGGUGCAUUUCUAAGAAGAGAUUAUUUUUUAAGACCAGAAAUGAUGAUACAAUUGUUUGAAAAAGUGCACAAAUAAAGAGAGAGAAUAUGAUUCACAGACAGUUAAAUCAAGAUUCAGAUGCAUUUAUGCAGUGUUUGACUGCUGAAUUACAUUCUGUGGCUCAAAGCCCCCUUUCAUUCUGUGCAACAUGUAUUGCUAAUCUAAAUAAAUGUCCAGUUGAACAUA